AUGUUAAGAACAGUGCCAGCAAUGGUGAGGCGUGUUCCUGUUUACCAAAGAUUCAUAAUGCCAAAAUUAACCAAUUUCCAAAGAGUUCAAUUUAACUCCACCAAACUGACUGAUGCUAGUUUCAAAGUAGAUAAUCCCCAAUUAAUGAUAGCAUUCACAUGUAAGAAGUGUGAUACUCGUUCAUCGCAUACAUUCUCAAGACAAGCUUAUUACAAAGGUUCGGUGUUGAUUCAAUGCCCUGGGUGUAAGGGUCGCCACUUGAUAGCUGAUAAUUUAAAGAUAUUUAAAGAUAACAAAUUCAAUAUAGAAGAUGUGUUAAAGGCAAAGGGUGAAUCUGUUGCUACAGGUACAGAAGAUUUAGCCUUUGAAGAUAUACCAGAAAGCUUGCAAUCUACUUUAGGACAUUAUGCUAAAGAUGCUCCAGAAGAAUUUAAGAAAGAGGAAAGUACAGCUGAAGAAGAUGUUCAAGGUUUACCUUCUGUGGAUGGAAGUAAAGAUCCAAAAGCUUAA